CAAGAUUACGACGCGUUACCCAACAUGGAGACGCCGCGCAGGCCGGCUAAUGGACGAAAAGUCCUGGACAUCGAGGUGUACUCCAGCCGCUCAAAGGUCUACGUGGCAGUGGAUGGCACGACCGUGUUGGAGGAUGACAUGCGGGAGCAGGGCCGAGGCAUCCACGUGAUCGUUCUCAACCAGGCGACUGGUCACGUCAUGGCCAAGAGGAUCUUUGACACGUACUCUCCACAUGAGGAUGAAGCCAUGAUCCUCUUCCUCAACAUGGUGACCCGGGGCCGAGUCCUCAUCUUCACCAUCAAGGACGAGGGGACGUUUCACCUGAAGGACGCUGCAAAGAACCUGCUGAAGACUCUGGGCAGCCAGGUGUCCCUCAACCUGAGCUGGAGGGACAUGUGGACCCUAGUGGUGAAGAAAGGAGGUCAGGUCUACGGAGAGAAGCAUGCAAAGUCCCCCGCUCUGUCCACGUGGGGAGACCCGGUCCUGCUGAAGACCGAGGUGCAGCUCACCGCCUCCGAAGAGGCCGAGUGUCACUGGGCUGACACCGAGCUGAACAGGAGGAGGAAGCUCUUCUGCAGUAAAGUGGAAGGAUACGGCAGCAUCUGCAGCUGCAAGGACCCGGCGCCCAUCGAGUUCAACCCGGACCCGCUGAUCAACAACAACGUCUUCAGUGUCCCCGUCGCCGUGAUCGCAGGAAACAGACCCAACUAUCUGUACCGGAUGCUGAGGUCGCUCCUGUCAGCGCACGGCGUCAACCCGCAGAUGGUCACGGUCUUCAUUGACGGAUAUUAUGAGGAGCCGAUGGAUGUGGUGGAGCUGUUUGGACUGAAGGGAGUCCAACACACGCCCAUCAGCAUCAAGAAUGCCCGGGUGUCCCAGCACUACAAGGCCAGUCUGACCGCAACCUUCAACCUCCAUCCAGAGGCAAACUUUGCAGUCGUCCUGGAAGAAGACCUGGACAUCUCCAUCGACUUCUUCAGUUUUCUGAGUCAGACCGUCCACCUGCUGGAUGAGGACGACAGCCUGUACUGUAUAUCAGCCUGGAACGACCAGGGCUACGAGCACACAGCGGAGGACCCGGCCCUCCUGUACAGGGUGGAGAGCAUGCCCGGUCUGGGCUGGGUGCUGAAGAAGAGUCUGUACAAGGACGAGCUGGAGCCAAAAUGGCCGACGCCUGAGAAGCUGUGGGACUGGGACAUGUGGAUGAGGAUGCCGGAGCAGAGGAAAGGCAGAGAGUGCAUCAUCCCCGACGUGUCCCGCUCUUACCACUUCGGCAUCAUCGGCCUCAACAUGAACGGAUACUUUCACGAAGUUUAUUUCAAGAAGCACAAGUUCAACACGGUUCCCAACGUACCGCUGAAGAGUGUCGACAGCUUGAAGAAAGAUGCUUAUGAGGCCGAGAUCCAAAACCUGCUGAAGGAAGCGGAGGUCCUGGAUCACACCAGGAACCCGUGUGAGGACUCGUUCCUGCCGGACUCUGAGGGGAAGACGUACGUCAUGUUCAUCAAGAUGGAGACAGAGACGGACACGUCCACGUGGACCGAGCUCGCCAAGUGCCUCCAUGUGUGGGAUCUGGAUGUUCGGGGUAACCAUAGAGGCCUGUGGCGGCUCUUCAGGAAAAGGAAUCACGUCCUGGUGGUGGCGGUGCCCAUCUCUCCUUACUCAGUGAAGAAACCUGCCGCCGUCACUCCCAUUCACUUGGAGCCUCCGCCCAAAGAAGAAGGAGCUGCUGUGGAGCAGCUUUAGAUCUGACGUCACACACACA